GACCCUGGAAAAACGGUAUCCAGUGAAGUCCAUCUGGAGCUUUGUUCUGAUCCGAAGCCGAAGUCAAACCCUUGGACAUCUCAGAGUUGCCCAAGAUGAAGCCAGACAGCAACAUCCAAGCUUCCCAGAAGAAGGACAUCAAGAUGCCUUUCGUGUCCCCAUUGUCAGCAAACCGCAACUUCCACCGCCGUUGUCCCGAGAUAAAGAAAGUUGGACAAGUCCAAAACUUGAACCGAAGGGGAGAAAUGGCAUCGUUGCAAAAGGCCACCAUUGUGUCUCUUGCCCAAGAGAGCCAUGUGACCGAUUUCUGCAACGGCAAUUUCCCCCCAGAAGGAAGUUCUUCUGAAGGUCUCCAUGGCUGGACAGUGGAGAACCCUUAUGAGAAACACAACGGUAGGAACAAGCCAUGGAGUCGCUCUGGCCAAGAAAUCCCACCUUGCAAGACGACCCCAAAUGUCUCCAAAGAUAUCCUGAAUAAGGACAUAUUCCUGUUUUGGGCCAAGAAGGCUGACGACACCAACAACAAAAUAUCGUCUUGUGUAUCUGACUCCAAAAAAGUUAUUGAAAGGCAUCAGAAGGUGACAGAUUUUCACGUUCAUCCUUCCAAUGUUGGGUUGAAAUGUAUGAAAGGAAGACACUGCCCUCCGACCUCCAACGGCCAUGAAACAACUCAGAGGAAAACAUGGAGAGACCUUUUCCCCGACCCAGAGGUUUUCAAUCUGCUCGACACCCAUGUUCUUCGUGUUAGUGAGCAGUUGAAACUCAAACCAGGUCCAAUGUCCAUCCAAACCGUGGUUGCACUGAUUACUGAGGAGGCCAGGAGCCCUUUGGAGAAGGCAAGAGCCAUCUGGGUAUGGUUGUGCCACAAUAUUGAAUAUGAUGUAGAUGGCUUCCUGGGGUUAUCGGAGAAGAUCCACAGCCCCGAACAGGUCCUUCUGACCAGGAAAGGUGUCUGCUCUGGAUAUGCCCAUCUUUAUCGUGAAAUGUGCAAGGAAGCAGGCUUGUCCUGUGUUGGCGUUUCAGGGCAUGGAAGAGGAGCCGGAUACAGCCAAGGCCAGAGUUUCCUGCAAAAGAAAUCCAACCACAUGUGGAAUGCGGUGAAGUUGGAAGACCAGUGGUUCCUUCUGGAUGCCUGCUGGGGAGCCGGCCUUGUGGAUGUGGAAAAGGGGCUGUUUGUCCCAAAGCAUGAUGAUUUCUUCUUCUUAACUGAUCCAGAAGACUUUAUCCAGAGCCAUUGGCCUGAUGAACCUCAAUGGCAGCUCAUCCAGCCUCCCGUUACAUUGGAGAUUUUUGAAGAUAGAGUCUACAAAACGCCAGAAUUUUUUAAACUGCAGCUCACCCUCCGGUCUCCAGACACCUCUGUGCUUCAAACAGGUAAAACUGGGAAAAGGAGGCUUUUGGGUUCCAGGUGAGGCUUUGGGGUUUCAUUGGGGACCUUUGGCAAUUUGAUUCCCUUUAGAAAAUGGUGUUGGGAGGCAGUCAAAUGCUGGAGAUACAGCUGAAUAAUAAGAAAACAGCACCAAUGACUCCUGGUUAUUUAUAUAACUUUUGGAUAGUGAAGAGGCUUUUUUGUGUCAGGAACUAUUUGAGAAACUGAUUUGAGAGAAUUGGCUGUCUACAAGGAUGUUGUCCAGGGGAUGACCAGAUUUUUUUUGAUGUUUUACCAUCCUUGUGGGAAGCUGGGUUGUUGUAUGUCUUCCAGGCUGUAUGACCAUGUUCCAGAAAUAUUAUCUCCUGACGUUUCGCCCACAUCUAUGGCAGGCAUCCUCAGAGGUUGUGAGGUGUCAUAGAUGUGGGUGAAAUGUCAGGAGAGAAUACUUCUGGAAUGUGGCCAUACAGCCCGGAAAACAUACAACAACCCUAUGAUCCCGGCCAUGAAAACCUUCAACAACACCUUGUGGGAAGCUUCUCUCAUGUCCCCGCAUGGAGCUGGAGCUGACAGAGGGAGCUCAUCCGCACCCUCCCUGGAUUCAAACGGGCAACCUUCAGGUCAGCAACCCAACCUUCAAGUCAGCAGUCCUGCUGGCACAAGGGUUUAACUCAUUGCACCACCGGGAACUCCAGCGAAGAAGCUGAAAAAAAUACAGUAUGACCCCUGUAUCCAUGAAAGCAAUAGCUGCAGUUUCAUUUAUCCAUUUUCAAAAGUAUGCAUCCUCUUUAGGCAUUUUGAAGUUCUUUCAGUAUGCUUCUAUGGCAGGCAUGGGCAAACUUGGGUCCUCCAGGUGUUUUGGACUUCAACUCCCACAAUUCCUAACAGCCUUUAUUUUGACAGAGUUCCCUAUUAUCUACAGUUUUGCAUAUCAACGAGAUAUUCAGGAAUGUAUCCUCUGCAGAUAUGAGGUAUCAGUCUAAUUCAAUAUUUUCUAUACCUUGAUCUGUCUUUCAUCCAAACAGAGGCCAGAAAUUAUAAGAAACUAAGGCAACUAUGAGAUAAGAUCUUCCAGUGUAAAGAUGCAGAAUUAAAUCCCAAAGUAUUUCCGAUUUCUAUGAAUGGAUGUGAAGGGAAUAGGUAAAGGUAAAGGUUUCCCUCUGACAUUAAGUCUAGUCGUGUCCAACUCUGAGGGUUGGUGCUCAUCUCCAUUUCUAAGCUGAAGAGCCGGCGUUGUCUGUAGAUACCUCCAAGGUCACAUGGCCGGCAUGAC